AUGACAGCUGAAUUCUGGAAUAUCCACCAAAGCAUUGACUUGAGAGUUAAUGGAUUCUUGGAGAACUUGAGACAGGUAGAAAAGCCACAUAUUGAUGAGCAUAUGCACUUCUACUCCACAGCUCCUGUGAAGACCCAUCAUACCCUAAGUGAAAGAGAUGAAGUUUAAGAGAAAGGUCAGAGCCUCUUCUGAUGAAUAUUUCACUCCAUCCAAAAGAAAGCAAGUUCUGGGAGGGGUUGUCGUCUUCUUGUAGCCCUUAGCAGAAGAGCAGGGAGCCUGUGGUCCUCCCAAAUGUUACAAGGCUCCAGCUCCCAUCAUCCUUGAUCAUGCUGAUGGGUGUUGGGAAUCCAAAGACCACAUGUUCCCUGCCUCUGCCUUAGCAUCAACAGUGACCUUGGACUCCCAAAUCCAACUUGUGCAGAGGGAUUGGAUUGCAAACUUUCUCUGAAGCUCCGUAACAAACCAAAGACAGUUCAAUUGGGCAGGAGAGAGCUCUCUUGCCCUCUUCCGCCACGUGUCUGUGUCCUGAAUUGUACUUUUGCAAUUUCUGGGAGUUGUUCCACUGUCCUGUAGGCUUCCUCCUUCCUCCCUCCCCCCCCCACCCUUUUGAAGGAAACAAGCCAUGGCCUGGGGGCCUCUCAAUAGGCCCAAAGGAUCUGUUUGCAAUUAGAAGACUGCUGUGUGGCUUGGCAGAAUUCCAGGGCAGCUUGGCUAUAAGGCGAAGAGAGGCAGACCUUGGCCAGAGAGAGAGAAGAAAACCCUUGGACUUGAAAGAGCAACUGCCACAAUUUACCAUCUCUGAUUCUCUGUUCAACAGGUAAGGAGUUUCUCCUUUUUUGCAGUCUAUAAACCUAGUUCGAGCAUUAGUGGCUCUCAAGCUACUUGGGGAGAACGUUCUCUAAAAGGGUUGCCGGGUUUCUGGGGUACCCUUUAAAAGGUAAAGGGACCCCUGACCAUUAAGUCCAGUCGCAGACGACGGGUUGCGGCUCUCAUCUCACUUUACUGGCCGAGGGAGCCGGGGUUUGUCCGCAGACAGCUUCCGGGUCAUGUGGCCAGCAUGACUAAGCCGCUUCUGGCGAACCAGAGCAGUGGAAGGAAACGCCAUUUACCUUCCCGCCAGAGCGGCACCUAUUUAUCUACUUGCACUGGUGUGCUUUCGAACUGCUAGGUUGGCAGGAGCUGGGACCGAGCAACGGGGGCUCAUCCCGUCAUGGGGAUUCGAACCGCCGACUUUCUGAUCGACCAGCCCUAGGCUCAGUGGUUUAGACCACAGCACCACCCGCGUCCCUUGGGGUACCCUUUGCUAGUGCCAGAUCUCUGUCUCCUAUUCGGACACAGUUCCCAGCAGUGUCUCCUGUAUGUUAUUGGGGCCCAUUGCAGUGGCUCUGAUGUCUUGGAAGAGAAUUAAUAGAGGAGGCAAGCAAGCGUCCGAGGAUGAAGACAGCACACAAAAGUUCUGAGCUGUCGUACCGUCUGUUCUUAGCCUCUCAUCCAAACAGCUUGUCAGCACAAAAAUCACAGGAAAGAAUGGAGUUAACAUCCGAGAAGAUUCUAGUGUAUCCAGCCCUGCGAAGUAUCUGCUGUUUCUUCAUGUUUUGGAUUAAAAUGUUUGGGGUUACCCUUGAGAUCACGGGUAGGAAGCAGAUGCAAGCAAAGGAUAAGCCAACAUUUUCCAGCAACCAAGCAGAAGCAUGUAGAGCAACCCAGAUAAACAGCCUGACUACACAGAUAAUUAUUGUUGGGCCGGUCAAAAUGAAGAGAGCCUUCUGUUACUGGUCCCAAGGCUACAGAUUAGAGAUUCUGCCUUGCUCCUUGUCUGUAGUCGCUACUGUAGAUGCAGGUUUGGUAUGUAUCCUGUCCCAUGCUGCCAGCCCUUCUCAGCUCUGUCUCCACUACAAGGAUGUAGCAAAUGCUUUUCUGGCUGCUCCAGACUCUCCAAGUGUCCCUAUUUUCCAGGGACAGUCCCAGAUUUACAGAAGCCAUCCCAGUUUCUGAUAUGAUCCCAGAAUGUCCCGCUUUUCCUUUGUUGUUGUUUAGUCGUUUAGUCGUGUCCGACUCUUUGUGACCCCAUGGACCAGAGCACGCCAGGCACUCCUGUCUUCUACUGCCUCCCGCAGUUUGGUCAAACUCAAGCUUUGAGAACACUGUCCAACCAUCUCAUCCUCUGUCAUCCUCUUCUCCUUGUGCCCUCCAUCUUUCCCAACAUCAGGGUCUUUUCAGGGUCUUUUCCAGGGAGUCUUCUCUUCUCAUGAGGUGGCCAAAGUAUUGGAGCCUCAGCUUCAGGAUCUGUCCUUCCAGUGAGCACUCAGGGCUGAUUUCCUUAAGAAUGGAUAGGUUUGAUCUUCUUGCAGUCCAUGAGACUCUCAAGAGUCUCCUCCACCACUUUUCCUUAGGACGUCCCUAUUUUCAUUGGAGAAAUGUUGGAGGGUAUGGAGUUAUGCAACCCCCAAGCCAAAGAGAUAAGUAACUAUACAACCUUCAGAAGACAUCUGAAGGCAGCCCUGCAUAGGGAAGUUUUUAAGUGUUUUUAAAUGUUCUGUUAUGUUUUUAUAUAUGGUAGAAACCACCCAGAGUGGCUGGGGCAAUAAUAAUAAAAUUAUUCUUAUGAAAUAGGUAGGACGUCCCUAUUUUCAUCGGAGAAAUGUUGGAGGGUAUGCCUUUCUCUCCUCCCCCAAAUAAGAGUAGAAGGUUUAAUGCCAUACUUGUGGGUACACAACAUUGGCAUGUUUUGUGGCAUGGAAACAACUCAGGAAAACCUGGGUCCAGAUUCUUGCAUCACUGGUUCACACCACUGGGCCGCAUUCCCUUUGUGCCUGACGCACACAGACUUGCCGGGAUCUGACCUAUAAGUGGACACAUGCAAAUGUGACGUUGCUAUGGCUGCAGAGCCAGAGAGGCCCUUUUUCCCCCAUUUCCAUUUGGUAUGAACAGCUUGUGACCAUCCCGGCUGGGAAAUGUCCAUUUGGGAGCCAUCAAAGCGAUAGGGGUGAGGAAAGGGGACUGUUGUUGCGGAACUAGUACUUGGGGAAGGGAGGCUUUUCUGAUGCACUUUUCCUUCUCCUGUCCCUCUGCAAAGGCACCAUGAGACAGAUCUUCUCCCUACUGCUUUUGGUGGCAAUCUGUUGUGCCGCCAAACCAAAGAGGCAGCAGGCAACGUCAGAAUGGGACUACAGAUCUGAAGGUAAGGUUCCAGAUUUGCUGGGUGCCAAAGAGUGGGCUGAUGCCACGCAAAGUUUGUUUUGUCUUUUGUUUCAUUUCCAUUUGCAAAUGUGCAUUUGGGGCUGCAGAUUUCCCGGUUUUACUAUCCAUACGCAGGUCCUGCCUUCUUGGUUUUGCAAAGCUAACACAAAACUAAUAGGGUACAUGGGCUCUAGCCAGCCAACUCACACUGGACAGAUAAGAAAGUAAGCUUGGUUUCUGAACUGUCAGCAUAAAAAACCCACUUUUGUGAAGGUUUUGAACACAAGACCCAAAUCUCCCCUGCAUACAUUCGCAAUGCUUUUGAAACUGUGGACAGAAGAUUAAACUUCCCCUCUGCCCCUAUCCUGUAGAGCUUUAAUCCUGUUUGAGCAUUUUUUGAUUUACCCAUAAAUCCAUUCCCACUCUCUAUAUCUUGUCACCAUGAUAUACUUGAGGAUAUACUUCCAGGGAUAUACUGUACUUCUAGGGAAACAAAUUCCCUGAAAUUAAAUGUUUAAAGAAUGGCAGUUCUGUAUAUUCCCCUCCCUCUCUUGGCAUAUGUAGUCUCGACAUCGAAUAUAAUAACACCUCAGUUUCUAAAGAGGCUUCCAUGUUCUCAGUUGUGUAUGUUUUGUAUUAGAAUGUAUUUUUGGUCUUUAUAUAAACUUCUUAAUCCAUCAACAGAUGUGAACAAGGUGGGUUACAUAGUUUUAAAAUGCAGCUGAUAAACCAAGUUUAUUCUAAUUCCAUCUGUCUUAGGAUGGAUUUCAUAUGUGCGCUUUUUGUUUGCAAUUAUUUAGUCUGACAAAUGAUUCAAAUUCUGGUCUGAUGGAAAUGGUGGGGGAGCCCUCCCUUUCCGAGCCAGGAAAUGGAACUGCGGAACUGCUAUAGUUCAGAGAAAGGUGUAUGUUCUUCUAUAUUAUUACAGUCGUACCUUGGAUCCCAAACAUCUUGGUACUCGGACGUUUUGGCUCCCAAACACCGCAAACCUGAAAUGAGUGAUCCGGUUUGCAAACGUUCUUGUGAACGCUUCCUGCAGCCAAUCAGAAGCCGCAUCUUGGUUUCCAAACGUUUUGGAAGUUGAACGGACUUCCGGAACAGAUUCUGUUUGACUUCCAAGGUACGACUGUAUUACUACUAUGAUAUUCUCUCAUACUCCCAAUUCUCUCUUCCAGCUGAAAAAGUAAACAUGAGGGGAUGUGCCAACCUCACUGUUGUUCUGGACAACUGGAAGUUUGCUAUUGUGUCUCAAAUGAAGAAUCUUCUCCUCUUUGACCACCAGUCUGUGUUGCCUGACUAUGGAAGGUGAGCCUGGGUAGUAAAGGUGGCAACAAAAUGGACUUCUGCUGUGAUCUGUGCAAACCUGCUGUACAGUCACCAUCUUGGGUUCGGCCGGUCAUGUAUGGCCGCCUACUUGGGACUCAAUAAAGCAGCCUGUUUGGCAGCAAUCUUGGAAGUGCGUGGCCAAGGGGCUGUUUUCAGUUUUGUGGGCUACAAGUUGUAAAAGCAGUGCCUCCCAAACUUGGGUCUCCAGCUGUUUUUGGACUACAACUCCCAUCAUCCCUAUCUAGCAGGACCAGUGAUGGGAGUUGUAGUCCAAAAACAGCUGGAGACCCAAGUUUGGGGGGACACUGUUGUGAAGGCUCUGUCUUAAGCUGCUACCCUCCAGGUGUUGUAGGACUACAACUCCCAUCAUCCCUGAGUGUCGGCCAUGUUGGCUGAGGUUCAUGGGUGUUGGAAGUUCAUCAGAAUCUGGACAGCCACAGGUCCCUCAUUCCCUCACCUAAAGCCAUUGGCUCAACGAGAGGCAUCUGCCUCUGUCAGUCCGUGCUAUACUGUGAAGAAAUCCCCUGUAAGUAAACUUUGGUUUUUGUAGCUGGUUUUUGGGUGGUUGCCCUGCCUAGAUACUCUGCAUGUAGUUUGGCAUUCUGGGAAGAUCUUGCUCUUUCUUAAGCUCUGAACUUUUGCCAAAGUGUUUCUCCCUUAAGUAUUAUUGCAGUGUCCCUAUUAUCCAGGGACAAUCCUGGAUUUACAGAAGCCAUCUGAUUUGAUCCCAGAAUGCUCUGGGUUGCCUUAGGAUGUCCUUGUUUUCAUUGGAAAAUUUUUGGAGGGUAUGGAGUUAUGCAAUCACCCCAAGCCAAGGAGACAAGUAACUAUACAACCUUUAGAAGACAUCUGAAGGCAGCCCUGUAUAGGGAAGUUUUUCCCUGUACAGUGGUACCUUGGGUUAAGAACUUAAUUCAUUCUGGAGGUCUGUUCUUAACCUGAAACUGUUCUUAACCUGAGGUACCACUUUAGCUAAUGGGGCCUCCCACGCCGCCACGGCCGCGCGAUUUCUGUUCUCAUCCUGAACCAAAGUUCUUAACGCGAGGUACUAUUUCUGGUUUAGUGAAGUCUUUAACUAAAACGUCUGUAACCUGAAGCAUCUGUAACCCAAGGUACCACUGUAUAGGGAAGUUAAAAUGUAUAAUGUUUUAUUAUGCUUUUAUAUAUGUUGGAAGCCGCCCAGAAUGGCUGGGGCAACCCAGUCAGAUAAGCAGGAUAUAAAUAACAGAAGAAGAAGAAUUAAUAUUAUUAUCAGGGCUUUUUUUCCAGCUGGAACUCAGUUCUGGCACUUCUCAUGUGCAGAGGCAGAGCAAGGUGGGUGCAGUGGGUGCAGUCUGCCCUGGGUGCCAUCCUGGGGAGGGGGGUGGUGACAAAAUCCCAGCCGGGUCCAGUCGCAGAUAAUGAAGAUGGGAUAGGACACCCCUGUUUUCACUGGAGAAAUGUUGGUGGGUAUGUUAUUGGUUGCUGUGGAAGUGCUCCUUGCUUUGUUUGUUUUACACCUUCCCUUGCUUCUUUCCUUUCUAGGAUCAAGCCACUUUCCGACGCCCUCAACGACCUGUACCUAGAAUUCAACGCCCUCAAGGAACGGCUUGGAGAACUGACCACGCGCUUUGAAGGAGUGGAGUCUUUUGUGGAUGAGAUGAACAAAAAAGGCCAGAGCCAGCCUGCUGCUAAGACCCCCCUCAGGGUUGCCCAACCAGAGGUGGAGAAAGCAAGUUUCCCCUUGCCAGCCAAGCGCCGAAGGGUCCUGAUUCGGAAUGGGAGAAAACCCACAGAAUCACUGACAGGUGGAACACAGUAG